AGUAGGAUGAAAUUAAUUUCUUGUGAUCGCUGAGUCAUUGUAACAUCUUCACUCACUGCUAGAAUCGUCUUCCGUAUUCCUGUUUCAAAAUGAUUUCACUUCUUUGCAAUAUUAUUCUUCUGGAACAAUUUCACAGCUACAGGAUUGAAAUAAUCCUCAUAAUUCUCAAAAAGGCAUUGUUAAUGUUAAGGCAUUUCAAAAUAAAAACUUCAUUAGGUGUUCAUUUAGAUAUGAUUCAGUAUCUUAGAAUCCUAGGUAUAUUGAUUAAACGAUUACUGUUUUCUGUUCAGAAAAAAGUCACCUUUUGUGAUACUCGAUUCCUGCUAAUUUCAGUGCAAUUUUUCUUUCAUGACCUAAUUUACUUCGCUUUGAUGUAAUGUUAAGAUUGUUUUGAGCUUUGUGGCUGGUAUCAGUCAUCCUUCAAGCUACGCAGUACAGCCUAUACCUAUCCAAGUUGUUUUGCUUUACCACCCUCUAGUUUUGAUAGCAGCUCAGCAAGCCGUGUUGCGUCUGGAGGAGCUCUUUGCAGGCAUGCAAAUCAUAAGCCCCUGAUUUGCUGCCUGCAGACUGCUUCUCAAGGAUUCGAUGUAUGAAAUCCCCUAUGAAUUCACAGAUGAGCAUAGUGCUAAUUGCUUUCCCACCUGCCUCUGCCCUUCCCUUUCCUAGUCUGUCAGCUCUUAACUGUCACUCACUCAAGACAGAUGGUGACACAUGCAGCACUGGAUCAGAAGAGCCAAUUCUAGCCGUGCCCUGGAGGUUCCUGUAAUUUCCAUUGCCUUCCUUUUGUGUGAUGGUAUUAGUAAGAUCUCUUUGGCUCUGCUUGCAGUUAACUCAGAUGCUUAUAUGCUGAGAUUUUCAGGAGGAUAAAAGCAGAGCUUUACUGCUCUUUCCUCAGUCUAUGGAAGAGAACCUACAUUCUACUCUUUUAAAAAGUGGUUGGGAAUGUUCAUUGUGCAAUAUGCAGGGCUUAACCAGCUGCCCUUUGAUCCGGCAGACAACAAUGAGCCAGUACAUUUUAAUGAUUCAAAUGGCCCGCUGGUAACAGAAUGUUCCAUUGAUCACUAUGACGAACCAGGAAAGAAAAGGAAACGAAACAGUAUAGUUGCAGCAGAGUGUUACAAAAACCUAGCCUUAGACUCCAGUCCUCAAAGGAUGUCAUUAUCAAACCCUACAGCUUGGGCAACGGCCAUGAACAACUUGGGAAUGGGACCAAUGGGAAUGACUGGACAGCCACUUAUGUCAGAGUUUGACCGAGGUCUUAGCAUGAUGACUGGCAUUCCUCCUAUUAAUACAAUGAUGCCUGGAUUGGGCAUUGUCCCUCCUUCAAUUCCUCAAGACAUGUUUGUUGUGAAGGAGAUCAUCCAUUGCAAAAGCUGUACACUUUUUCCUCCAAAUCCAAAUCUUCCUCCUCCGGCUGUGCGCGAAAGGCCUCCGGGAUGCAGAACUGUUUUUGUUGGUGGCUUACCGGAGAAUGCUUCAGAAGAGAUGAUCGCUGAAGUUUUUGCACAGUGUGGCGAAAUAAUAGCCAUUCGUAAAAGCAAGAAGAACUUUUGCCACAUUCGGUUUUCAGAUGAGAGUAUGGUAGACAAAGCUCUUUUUUUGUCAGGCUACCGAAUAAGAAUAGGCUCCAGCACUGAUAAGAAGGACACAGGCCGUCUCCACGUUGACUUUGCUCAAGCCAGGGAUGACCUAUAUGAGUGGGAAUGUAAACAACGCAUGAUGGCGAGAGAGGAACGCCAUCGAAGAAGACUAGAAGAAGAACGGUUUCGACUCCCUUCACCUCCACCCAUAGUGCAUUAUUCCGAACAUGAAAGUGCUACACUGGCUGAAAAAUUUAGAGAUGAUUCAAAAUUCUCUGAAGCUGUUCAGACACUUUAUACCUGGUUGGAACGAGGUGAAGUGAACCGUCGAUCAGCAAACGUCUUUUAUUCAAUGAUCCAAUCAGCCAACAGCCAUAUUCGAAGGCUGAUGAGUGAAAAGGUGCAACAUGAAAAAGAAAUGGAGGAAGCCAAAGAGAAAUUUAAGAGUGCUCUCUCAGGGAUUCUAGUUCAGCUUGAGCAGAUUGUCUCCGUUUUCCACUCUGCCUCCAAGCAAAAGGCGUGGGACCAUUUCUCAAAAGCUCAACGCAAGAAUCUGCAUAUGUGGCGAAAACAAGCAGAGGAAAUUCGUAACAUCCAUAAUGAUGAGCUAAUGAGUAUUCGUCGUGAAGAAGAAAUGGAGAUGUCUGACGAAGAUACGGAAGAAAUGCAAGCAAACAAAAUUACAGAUGAAUCAGUGCUAGCAUGUCAGGCUGAAGUACUUAAAGAAGAGAAUGACAGCCUGCGUUGCCAGCUUGAUGCCUACAGAAAUGAGGUGGAUUUACUAAAACUUGAGCAGGGUAAGCUCUAUCACACUGAAGAAGAAACCACAAAGGACCAACAAUUAAAGCUACUGCAACAAACAGUGCAAGGGAUGCAGCAGCAACUUUUGAAUUUACGGGAAGAAUGUAAAAAGAAAGAAGCUGAAUUCCAAAAGGCACAAGAAGAGAAACAAAAUGCAGAAAUGCUAUUAGAAACAUUUAAAAGCAAGCAGGAGAGUGCAGAUGGAGAUGAUAUGCAUGAAAGCGAUAAUGAAGGAAAUAAUAGCACAAGAUGUAUUAUAUUGGGCUCCAAUCAAGAAAAAGAUGGUGAGCUGGACAGGGUCAUCACAGGGCCUGUCCGAUCAGAGAGAGAAGCACUGCUUGUGGGUAUUAUUUCUACAUUUCUCCAUGUCCACCCUUUUGGUGCCAGUAUAGACUAUAUAUGUUCUUAUCUACAGCGACUGGAUGCUAAGAUCUCUCCUGGUGAAAUAGAAGGCUUGAUGACACGACUACAUCAUGUGUUCCAGCAGGAAAUAAGUGGAGUUGGUGCAAGUUUGGAAAAGCGAUGGAAGUUUAGUGGUUUUGAUGGAAUCAAGACAUUGCAAAACUAGUAACAAAGUGAACAUUCACAAGAUUACAGGACUACUGUACACACUGUAAUGCUGUUUCCCCCUUAAAUAGUUACAAGAUUCUUUUUUUAAAGAGCUGAUUUCUGUGAUAUUUUUUAAAAUAUGAGAAAUCCUCAGGCUUGUGCAAUUUGAGCUGCACUUGGAAAACAGGCUUUUUAACAGAACUUUAUUUAUCAUCCCUAAAUACUGGGCAUUUGAUACUUGCACAACACAGUUUUGUUAGAAAAUGGGAGAUUUCAAGGAUAAAAUGUAGCAUGUCAAGUUAUAGUCAUGGGACAUAAAAUAGAAAAGCCACAACUUAAGCCAUGAAGAAAAUGCUGGCAUUCUUUUCCUAGGCUUGUGUACCCUCCCCCAUUAGUUAGAUCUUUGUGCCUCACCUCUCCGUCUCAAUAUUAGAAUACAUAUCCAGGUGCUUUUAAUUUUUGUAAAGUAAAAAGAAAUGUUUUCCAUCAAAUUCUUAACAUAUUUGCAGCUGUUUGUAUUGGUCCAAUUGCUCUUAUCUUGAAAUACUGGUAGGAAUCAAAAAUAAAAACAGAUAUUGUGUCCAUCCAUCAAUCAGCCAACUAUUACAAACCAGAAGUUGUUGCUCAGAAGCUACUGAUUUGUUUAUUUUGUGCCAUGGCUCAAUUCCAGUGUGUUAAAGAUCUGCAGACUUUUUCACAAUUCCCACCUUUUUAUCUCAUUUCUGCCAAUGAUUUUCAUGGACACUGGCAAUUCUCUAGUAUCUGCACUUCAUUGGAAAUUUUUCAUCUGAAAUUGUACUAGACUGUUUGUGUGAUGGUGUCACCAUUAUGUUUAAUUUUGGCUUUAUAUUACACCCACAAAACUGCACAAUCAUAUUGGGAUUGUUGGAAGUGUGGACUUGGCAAAUACUUAACGCUUUUUCGUCUGGAUACUGGGGAGAGGAAAGCAGCUAUUGCUGGCCCAGCUGAGAUCAGCUAAUUCAGUGUAGAUUGCUAAACAAGGAGCACGCUUGAUCUGUUCAGUUCAGUUCUAUAAAUCCAUCUACAGCUGCAUAGCAAAUUUAGAUAAAUUUACUGAAGCAACAGAGUGAACAACAAUCUCACUUUGCUUUUCCAUUGAGGUAAGUUAGUUUCAGACAGAUUAAAGUUUUCUAAUAUGAUAGUAUAAGAAGAUUUUCUGCUUUGAUCCUCUAUGAUAGUAAGAGAGCACAGGUUUGCACUUCUCUGUAACUGAGUGCAGUCCAUCAUAUGCAAAUGUAUCUAUAAAAUUAGCGAAUGCCUUUUGCCCUCACAUCAGUUGUUGAUAUUGAUCUACUGUGAGGGAAGGUGUUUUCAAUAGCCUGAGCUAAAUGGAAUAAAAUAUUGUUACUGUCGUGUUCCUUACAUGGAGGGAUCUAAAAACAGAUUAAUGUUUGCUAACCGUACAUUAUAGAUAAUAUGAAACAUAACGUGAAAAGAAUGCGCUGCUGUCCAUGCUUGUGUUAAAAGUACAGCAGUAUAUGCUGGAACAUACGUUUGAAAAAGGUGAAAUAUGACUUGUGGAUGUAAAUUCAGAUCUGAAGUACUGUAUCUUUCAGAAAACAUAAUAUAUAGAGAAAUAAGUUGUUUACAUUACAAAUCUGUGACAGAAAAAAAUCCCUAUUAUAAUUUCUUUGUAUAUCUGGAAUUGAUUUAGCAGUACAUUUUGGACAUUAUCUCUAGUUUGUACAAGCUAAGCUGCACUGUGUUGAUAAAAGUUGUAUUUUUAGAGAAAUUAAUUUUUACAGAGCUUUAAUACUUGAGAGUAUACUUGGUCUCUGUGUUUCUAAAAGUGAAAAAACAUGGGCAGCAAACUAUGAUAAUUAUAGAAAUUAUAAUGAGAAUUCAUUCUGAUAUCCCAAUGCUAUCAGAGUAUGGAUUCAAACAAACUGAUACGCUCAGUGCUCUGUUAGUUUUACAAAUGUCUUUUUAAUUUAGUACAAAGUGGGCACUGUAUUGAACCAUUUACUAACAAGUGUUAGUUUACAUGGCAUAUUAUCUUCCAUGUAAUGGUGAAUUGCCAAAAUUAUUUCAUGUGCAAUAGCUCAUAAUACUCCAUAAUAUCUGUAAUUCAACUUAUCCAGUGAGAUUUUCUAUUUAUUUUUAUGAGGGGUGAUUGAUAAGUUUGUGGCCUCAGGUCGAAGGAGUCAUU